AUGGCCAGCAUGAUCGAGUCUGCUUCAACCACCGCAUCAUCUGCCACUCACCAAAGCCAAGCUGAAGCCAGAGCAGCCUCUUCGAUGCCCGAUAUCACCCAGCUCUCCCUCGAACACAACCCAGACAUAUUCACCAUCAUCUGCUGCAACGACACCUUCCAGCUGGCACUCGACUUGAACACAAUCAAGACCCUCCUUCUCGUGUGCAAACGAGUCCGUCCUCUCCUGAGCUCCAAGCUGCCUCGUUUCAACAGCUGGUGUUGGAAGGCUGGAUUGUGCUCUCCCAAUGGACAGUUGCGGAUCGGCCUCAUGCCCAGCGACCAGAUUGCCCUCUCACUGCACUGCGAGGAUCCAAACUCAGCCAAUCGAUCCUGGCUCGUUACCUUGGCAGAGCAGGGCAAUGCUGUGGCCUCGUAUUUUUUGGCACGGAUCCUUCAAGUCGAACUCGCUAUCGAUCAGUAUUUGGAGAAAUCCGAGCAGCAAGCUAUCCGCCAGCGAAUCUUCCGCCAUUUGGAGAUCGCCGCCAACACAAACCACACGAUGGCACAGUUCCACCUGGCUGAGUGUUAUCGCAACGGGCUUGGAGUCAACCAAGACCACACCAAGGCCGCCGAGUUGUAUCGCAGGCUUGCAGAUCGUGGAAUCCCUCACGCCCAAGUCGUCCUCGGUCGAUGCUAUGAGAGUGGUGAAGGUGUCGAUCAUGACUAUAACACAGCCAUCAAGCUGUAUUCCAAGGCCGCAGAUCAAGGCGGCGAAGACGGCCGUCUCCACAUCGUGUUCUUGCAAGCUUGGUUCUCAUUCCUCGGCCAUGGUGUUGAACAGAGCGACGAAAUUGCCUUCAACCACUGGCAGGAAGUCAGCACCAAGUCUACAGAUCCGAUCAUCAAACCCAUCGCCACCCACAUGGUUGGGUGGAUGCACUAUCUCGGCCGGGGUACCCAGCUCGAUAAACAGAAAGGCAUCAAGAUCAUCCGAGACAACGAAUCGGAUGAGUUCAAGCUUGGGGAAGCAAUGUCCUGGGUUGGUAGUUGGGCUCCCUCCGACUCACGCAUUUCCCGCAAGCUCUUCCAAUUGUGCCAGCUGAAAUCGGACCGAGACUGGCUCUGCAUGCAUCUCAUGGCUGUGUAUCUGUUCAAUGGGUACGGAACCACGAAGGAUGAAGAGAAAGCAGCAUGCAUCUUCGAACAGCUUGCCAUCCAUGGACACAGUGACAGCCAGUACUGGAUCGGACUUUGCUAUCGAAGCGGCAGAGGAGUGUCGAAGGACGAACAGAAGGCAUUCGAGUGGUUCUGCAAAUCAGCUGACCAAGACAACUCGUACGGGCAGUGGAUGGUUGGUGUGUGCUACUCCCAUGGACACGGCGUCACCAAGGAUUAUAUCAAAGCGGUUGAGUGGUAUCGCAAGUCGGCCGAGCAGGGCAAUCGGUAUGGGCAAGAUUAUUUCGGGGAUUGCUACGAGUUUGGAUGGGGUGUCCCUGUCAACAUCGACACCGCCGUCUUCUGGUGGCGCAAAUCCGCCAAGCAGAGUUACAAUUGGGCCAUAAAAAGACUCAACGAACUCGGCUUGUGGCCCUGA